AUGUUCCAGAAGCGCAACCUGGCCGCGUUGCGCAAUCGCACACCCGUGCCGCAGCCUGAGGCCGCAGCGUCCGGAGCAUCGCACGACGGAGCUACGACGGCAGUGAGGUUGGCGGAGCGUCGCACUGGCCGCAAGAUCUGCGUUGGAAGCACCAAAGACGCUGCUGCGACAGUACGUGCCGAUGUGGGAACUUAUGAACCAGACCGUUCCGAGGAGGUAAAGAGCGACCAGCGCGCGACGUCGACGUACGAAAUCGACACCGAGGCCAGCCGCGACCACCGCAGCAUCUUAGAGCGCAACGCCGAGAUCGGCCGCAAGCUGCUGAACGAGGAGCUGGAGGACGGCGUCUACCGCGGCCGCGGCGCCUACCGCCCGGUGAUGAACAUCCGCGAGGGCAGCAUCGCCGCGUCUAAGUACACCGGGCUGUACGGCCCCGUGCGCGCCUCGUCAACCAACGUGAGGACGACGCUGCGCAUCGACUACCAGCCCGACGUCUGCAAGGACUACAAGGAGACCGGGUACUGUGGGUUCGGCGAUUCGUGCAAGUUCCUGCACGACCGGAGCGACUACAAGUCCGGCUGGCAGCUGGAGAACGAGUGGGAGCAGGCGCAGUCGGCGAAGCGCCAGAAGCUGCAGGAGAAGCUCGCUCGGUGGCAACGCAAGGUGCAAAAAAACCUGGCCGACCCCGAAGCGGCCUCGUCAGGCUCAGACGCUGGGCACGCGGCGUCAGACGCCGAGUCUGGAUCCAGUUGCGACUCGUCGAGCUCCGACGACGACUCCGACUCUGACUCCGCCCCGGCGGAGAAGUCGAAGUAUGCGCGCGCUCUCAAGGCCCGCGCUCGCAACCUGAAUAUACCGUUUUCGUGCCUCGCCUGCCGCAAGGCGUGGCGGCCGGAGAUGAACCCGAUCGUCACAACCUGCGGUCACUACUUCUGCGAGUCGUGUGCCAUCCGGUCUUACUCGCGCAACAUGAAGUGCGCCAAGUGUGGCGUUUCGCAGGACGGAAUCCUCAACCCCGCGCAGGCCGUGAUAAAGCUGCUGGCUUCGAUGAACAGCGAGUGUGAGUAA